AUGCCUCCGUUUAGUGGCUGCCUUUGUCUGUUGGUUUUGUCGAUCUCCGUCUUUUUUCAAUCCGAGUCAGUCUUGGCAUUGGAUGCUCAUGCCAACCGGCUGUACACAGGAAUGGUCUCCAUCCAAGCUGAAAUGCACAUUCGAGACAGUACAUCCCCAGAUUUGAUGCCUGUUAGUGACAUGAUGGUUGACGCCUUUUACAACAAUCCAAGCUGUGUGACGAAGUACCAUUGUCGAUUGGCAGAAUACACCAGAUUGCAAAACAGCUUCCCAAAGAGAGAGGAGAGACAUAAACACAGAAUGCUGGUAGCGGCACUGACAGGUAGGCAAGAGGUCAUUGGGUUCUGUCAAUUGGACAGCAGACCACCCCCUCCAAGCACCUUUCAUAGAACAAACCCCCGUCCAAUGCUCAGUGAUCUCUUGGUCAGCCCCAAUGUGCGACGUCAAGGCGUUGGAAGAAGACUGGUUGAGCUAUGCGAAACAAUAGCUUUGAAAGAGUUCAACAGUUCUGUUCUCUAUCUGAAAGUUCUCACCAGUAAUGAAGCAGCCAAGGCGAUGUACAUGAACAUGGGCUACAGAUUCAUCGACAACCCAGGUGAGCCAGCAGAAAUACUGUUGCUCGAAAAGCACCUCAUGGAUUGA